AGGAACAUUGCCAAGAUGAUACUAGAACUAAUAAUAUGGACACUCGUUAUUGCAUCGACCAUUUUCUUGUUGUUAUGGAGACUGAUCACGCCACCAAAAGUUAAGAUAGUAAGAAAAGCUCCUGAAAACGAAGACUUGUACGCUAAGAGUCGUUUUAUUCCUUCGAAAGUCCCAAACAAUGUUGAUGUAAUUAUCAUUGGUUCCGGUAUGGGUGGGGGAACGGCCGCAUCAAUCCUGAGUAAAUAUGGCAAGAAAGUUGUUGUGUUGGAACAUCAUGAUAAGUUAGGAGGAUGUACGCACACAUUCUCUUGGUCCCGACAGAACAUGUAUGAGGAAGGACACACUACUUGUGAAUUCGAUACAGGUUAGUUCAGUAAAUCUAGUAUUCUUUGGUUGUUUUUGUUUAUCACAUUACAGUGGUAUUUGAUUGCAACUAUAGGCCCUUGAGAGUUGUGGGAUUUUCAAAACAAUGAGAAGAAAUGGAAUAAUCCGACCACUGAAUAGCAUAGGAGGCCCAAUAGAUCGUUGUAAUAGCAAAACAAUUAAAAUUGUUUGAAAUUCAAUAAUUAUUACACGGUUACGAUUUCCGCCUGAUUCAUAAUUUGCAAUUACGUUACUGCAUGUGAAAAUCUUUUAACAACUGUCGUCUAAGCAAUACUAGAAUACUGACUGAGGUCUAUCAUUGAUUACCAUAUAUACAAGGCGUUCAUGCAGUUUUAAUACUAUGCAUCAUAUUAUAUAUUUUCUCUCAAAUAGUUACUGCAGAGCAUAAAAUUCAUUUUGAUAACUAUCAUUUGACCAACAGCUGCACGAUAAUUCUUAGUUCUGAAACAUAUCUAUCGCAGUUUGUGGUUUAACUCCAACACGUUGGUUUGGAUAUUAUCAGGAUUUUAUCGGAUUCUACCGUAUCUACAAAUCUACCUUUUAAGAUAUGCGUGCUUUAAAGACUAUUAAUAGUCCUUUAAAAGACGAUUUAUUUCGAAAAUGAUUUGUAUUUAUUUUCGACCAUAAGCGUACGAGGCGGGGGAGCGGGAAGCAAGGGGGUAGCUUCCCUUAGAAAAAUUGAAGUUGAGCAUAUUAUAAAUGUAAGUCGGGCAAAAGGAUGCCAGAAUGUGCUGUUUCGCAAAUUUUCCUCCUCCCCCCGCUGGACGUUUGAUAAGCCGGGCAAAAUAAGAAAACGUCGGGAAAAUACGAAAAAGUCUCCACCCCCCCCCCCCUAAUUUUUCCCUUCCGUACGCCUAUGACACUAUGUUUUCGUCUGUAGACUUUUAGGCUUUUAGCCACAGGCUAAUGAGCCUUUAAUUGUGUAUGAUGCUUAAUUUCGAGAUUAUCUGCGCUACAGCGAUUUGAGAAAGACGUAUGUCUAUUCUUCCAUGUGUUUUAGAUCGAGAGUCGAGACCUUAAAGAAGAUUUGGCAUGUUGGGGUGGAAACAUUUAAAAAUAAUUUAUUUAUUUUCCCUUCGUGCGACAUACAAGGAUUUAUCUCUUCAUUUCAGAAGAUUACUAUGGGAACUAUAUUUGAAGAAAGGAUUUUAUGACCAAUCGUUCUUUGCAUUAUAAAACCUGCGAAAAACACUAAUUAUGACCAAUAGUUUAUCAAUACUGCAUCAUGGGUAUUGUGGAUGCAAUGCUAAAGACCUGUUCGAACAGGCAAUGUUGAAAUAUUUGGUUUAACUUGUACAUAAUACUGCUCAGGGUGUACACAGUAUAGUGCCCAGAUAUACACAAUACUGCCCAGGCUGUCAUUUUCUUAAAUAUAACUUCAAAUACACAAAAUCAAGAGAUAGAUCAUCCGUCACGAAGCAACAUAAAUCGUUUUAGUGAAAACACAAACAUUUCACGAACUAGCUAAAAUAGCACAAUCUACACUGGAAAUGGUUCACCAUUUUCAUGAUAUCUCGUAUCAUGCCUUACUUAUACACAGAGGGCAAAUACAUUGAUUUCCGUUUUCCCGCGACCGCACCUAGUCGCCACUGAAAUCACCGUCCUAAUCUUUUUACCUGAAGUCUGCAAAGCCAAAGAGUUUUUUGUACCCAGUUCGUUGCGUUUUGUAUUAGCUAUAUAUAAAAGUAUGGCAUGUUUGUUUUAAAGUUGGUAUAAUAUUUAACAACUGUUUGUCAUCCUAUCGUUGCUGCCAUAAUUGAAGUAAAAUAUCAUUCUUUUGCAUGAGCAUGUACAAAAGAAAAUUACAAAAAGAAAGAAAACCGACCCAUACCCUAUCUGAAUUUUUGCAACAAGACAGAUCGUUUGUUACGUCCAUGUAACAACAUACAAAUUCAUCUUCAAAUAUUUUAAAAAUAUAUUACGUAUUUUAUCCUCUUCUUUGUAUAGGUUGUCAUUACACAGCGGUGGAUAUGUCCAUGCCAGUUGCUCGGUCUGGAGCGGUCAUGAAAUUCGUUACUGAUGGAAAUGCAAAAUGGAAUGAUUUGGGCGAUCCCUAUGAUCACCUUGUUCUCCCCCAUGAUCCCAACGUUGACCCCGGGUGUCCUAAUAAUGACAGUUAUGAUUUCGUUUGCGGUAAAGAACGUCUUGUCCAGGAGAUUUCAUCCCAAAUCAACCCUAGUGAACCCUUGGUGGUGAAGCGCUUGAACACAUUCCUUUCGUUUUGUCACAAUGCUCGUAAAACUAUAAUCAAUAUGUGGUUAGUUCGCAUGUGUCCAAGAUGGUUAGAGGGACUUCUGUAUAAGCUGACUGAGCCGUAUUAUACGUUUGGUAAAUUAACAACUGGUUACGUGUUGAGUGCGAUGUUGGAACAUGGCUUUAGUGAGGAAGAAGUCUUAGCUGAGAAGAAAUUGCCUGAAAAACCUGAAGUUGAUUUACCUAAUACGUGGAACCGUUUAAAAGGUAAUCAGGUUUGAGUUUAGUUCAGACAAAUAGUACGAGUUGAGACCCUAAUAAGUUGAAACCUUACACAGUGAGAUAUACCAUCGUAAAUUAUGCAUGCUUUCCUUGGUAUAGUUGUUUUUCGCUGUCAUGGGCUUGAUUUUUUAGGUAUUAAAAAUUCCAUGGUAUAUAGGUACAUAGAAAUUAGAUGUUUUUGAAUUCUGUGGUGUACACAAAGUAGAUAUGAGAUGGAAAUAUGUGAGAAUGAAUGAUUAUGAGUGCAUGCUUGUCCGUUUAUUGGUGUAACCUACUAACCCAGAUUAAAAUCUGACCUGUUUGGAAAUUGUGCCUUAGAGGUUUUACGAAUGCCAAAUUUACGAAUGCAAAAUUUAAGAAUGCCGCAAACUUUAAGGUUUAGGAAUGCUAAAUUUAUUAUCUAACUUAUCUAGGUGUGAUGGUGCAUCCUCUUGGAGAUUACGCAUGUCAACCAAGUGAUUCAUCUGUGAUUGCUCAUUCUCUCACUGCUUUUUACUAUAUCAACGGCGCGGCGUAUACCAAUGGACAAACACAAACCAUCGCUAACUCCUGUGCCAAGGUAUAUAUGCUUUUCUUACUUCCACUGCCAGAUUAUCUAUGAGGCGCUUUUACCUUUUUUGAUCCGAAAAUUUAACUUGUAAUUACUUUUUAUUUUUUCACUUGUAUACCCGUGCAUGCAUGCUCUUAGUUAUGGCCGUUGUAUGUCUUGCAAAUGAUAACGGCUUAGAUUAUCCACCUUCCGCGCAUUACAUCCCUGCAUGUGAACUAUCCAUAUCUGAAUAUCACUGACUGCCAGUAUUUCAGGUCACAAUGACAGCUAGGGAGUUGGCCCUCGGGAGACUAAAUUAAAUAUGGAUUAAAAAUAGAUGAUCAAUCUGGAGGAACAUGAGCAAAGAUAAUUCCUCUGAUAAUUGUCUGUGUAUAAUUAAACGCAACAAAAAGACGAAUCAGUUCAUCAAGUUAGACAACUAAUUAUCUGUGUAAUAGUCUAUUCUCAGACGAACGUUCGUGCGUGGUUCCCCUUAAAAGACAAAAUGUGUUAUUCUCAAACUGUAAUAUGCGGAUUGCAGACCAGCUAUUUUCUUGCCUUAAUAUCCAUUUCCACCUAGGAAAAUAUUCCGCAGAAAGAAAAUUUUGUAAACUGAUGUGAUUGGUCGACACAUAUUUUCCGUUGGGAAAAAAUUUUGAAUUUAAAAAUUUUCAACUUUUAUUUUUUAACAAUGAUAUUUUCGGAACCUUUUCUGUCCUUUUCUGAAAUGGGCCUUAAGUCCUUUGGGACGGGCCAUCCGCCGUGUUGUGUUUAUACAGAUAAUCGACGAGACGGGUGAUUCUUAACGGAUGAACAACUCGGGCCAGUGCGGUAAUUCCAGUAGAGGCGGAUCACGCUAUUUUUGCUAGUUCUGAAUAGACGGAUGAUGCAACCAACCUAACGGAUGAUCUGUUUCUAUAGUGUAAAUUGUUUUGUUUCUAGUAAAUCGGGAAAUUUAAGGGAAAUGUUGCAACAUACAGUGUUGCAAGAUAUCGUUUUGUGCGUUACAGUAUUGCAAGAUAAACACCGUAGUUUAUUUUCAAACACACGAAGCGUAAUUUGUUCACGUGCAAAACCGCACUAACAUGUUAUUUCAAGCCUAUUCUGUUCAUCGUAGAUUGUGCAUGAACAUGGCGGGGAAUGCUUUGUGAACGCUCAUGUGGAUGAGAUUAUCGUCAAGGAUAACAAAGCAAUCGGUGUUCGUGUUUGCAAGUCAUCGUCUCUGGACAGCGGGAAACCAUCGGAUGAAAAACCAGAAAUGACGGAAAUUUAUGCACCCGUGAUAAUUAAUGCAACUGGAAUGCAUAAUUUAUACAACAAGCUGUUGCCUCAGGAUUUACCCGUGGUUAACGAUUUUAAAAGGACAAACAAAACCAUACCAUCCUACGGACACAAUUAUUUGUUCGUUGCAAUUAAAGGUAUAAUACGCUUUAAUUUCGAAGCAAAGUUAAUCUGCACGUAUGCCAACAAUCAUAGACAAAAACUAGUCGUAAUGUUUGUAGAAAAGCUAGUCUUUACCCUGUCAUAUCUUUAUAUUUCUCUUACCCUUUCUCUUGUUGUCGUCAAGAAUGCGAUAGUGUUGUUUAGGUGUAAACCAUGCAAUAUUGAUUGCAUAGGAGAUUGGGGGAAAUUGGACUGGCAUAAGCCUGUGAUUCUUUGAUGGAACUGAAGUGUAUGAUCAAAUGCAAAGAUAUCCUUAUACAUUCUUUCAACAGUUUGGUCCAUGAUGGAAGAUAUUGAAUUCAUUAGAGAGUCUUACUAAUAGGUCUGACUACGAGUACUAUUAAUACCAUUGCAAGCUUCGUCGGCAGUAGUAUUCUGCUUUCACCAUGCUUCAGCAAGCGAGUAUAGUGCUGAUAGAAACCAUUCGGGGGUGGAAACAGAAUACGAAUCAUUGAAUAUUCGUCUUGAGUAUAUGUAAACUUUAGUUUUGAACUAUCCUCCAUUAAACUUUCACCAUAGUGCCUAACGAAAAUAUCUUGUGAACAGUGUUUCCGACCGACUCUCUGCCGUCGGUUGUAUAAUUACUCUAUUUUUUCGGGUCGUUGUGGUUUGCUCAGUGCCGUUGUCUCAGUUAGUGUCGAACCUUACAGUUAAAAUAUUCGUGUGUUAUGGCAAUGUCAGCUGAUCAAACUGACAAGCUUUAAGCAAAAAAUUCACAAAACUUAUUCGGAAGUAAAGACCCGCGUAUAAUGCAUGAGUCAAUUCCUGGAGUAACCAUCCCCCCCCCCCGGGACACCCCCGGGAAUUUGCCCGAUAGACAGUUCACGGGGGUCGGGAAUUUGCCUUUCAUAUAUGUGCACGGGGGCCGGGUAUUGGAGGACCCCCGGGGAUUUGACAAAUGGUUGACCAAAAUCCCACCCACAAAUUUUAAGGCAGCAAAACCUAGUUUCAGGCACGCAUGUGGGCGCGCUGAUCGUAUUUUGCGCCCUCGUGGUCAAGGUGGCGUGAAAUUUAUUGUAAGAAUAAGCGAAAAUUAUACCUGUGCCAUGCAAAUUUAAAUACAACUAUUAAAGGUUUAUGUUUUAUAAUAUUCCAUAGCAGUUUAAUACUAUAAUGUUAUUAAAUGACUAUGAUUAUAUGCCAUUAAAAGUUUAAUUAACGUUUACAGUAAAAUCGUCCCCGGGGUGGGGCAUUUUCCACUCUCAGCUUGCCCAGGGGCCGUGCAUUAGUCUUCAAGAUGUGUCCCGGCACCCGGGCAUUUACACUAUUAUAACCAAUCAAAUCAAAUGCCCGGGUGUGUUCCCGGGGGGGGGGGAUGGUUACUCCUGGAAUUGACUCAUGCAUUUAAACAGUCACAUGCACGUUGCGGCAAUACUAAAGCAAUUCUAUUUAUAUAUGUUCUAUUAUAUGCUUUCGUAAACUUGAAUAUUAUAGAAACUAGGCAUGCGGGGUAUCCAAAGUUCUGAAACAAAUGUUAGUUGCAGGUAUUAUAUAUAUACAUCUAUUUUUUAUACUUUGUCUUAAGGUGACGCUCAUGAGAUUGGUAUUCCUGUAACCAACACAUGGUACUUCAAUGGCUAUAAUACUGAUGAAUGUUUCAAUAAAUAUUUUGAAAAUCCAACCGAAAACCGACCACCGACCUGUUACCUAGGAUUUCCUUGUACAAAGGUAUUAGUAGUUCAAAGUCUAGACUACGCAAUCUCAGUCGAGCAUUUGUCCUGCAGGCUUAUUCGGAUACAAAUUAGCUAAUAAACCAUAGUUUGUAAAAGCAUAGACCAAAGAACGCAAUUUUAACCCCAUACAUUUGAUUUUAGAGAUUUCAAAGAUUUUAUAAAUUAUAUCAGCCAAGCUUUUAGGUUUGCAAAGUUACUGCUCAAUUUAAUUACAAUUACUUGCUUCAAAAGGUUAUAAAUUACCUAUUCAAAAGUAAGGAAUUACAAUUACGAAAUUACCCUCUCAAAAAAUAAAUUACAGAAUACUUUUGUAAUGUACUAUGAGGAUCACGCCAUCUGGCAUCACGCAUGUUAUUAGAUUAUUUACUGUGUCAUGAAGAAUAUAUAGAGGAUAUUACUCGGCGGGGCGAAGAUAUGACUUUUAUCUUCGAGUGGUGAAAACAAUAUUUUACGAACGAGCGCAGCGAGUGAGUAAAAUAUUGUUUUUAACACGAGAAGAUAAAAGUCACAUCUUCAAGUCACCAUGUAAUGUUCUGUUUAUUAUAUAGUCCCAAGCAAAAAAAUGUGAAAUUUCACGCUCAAAAGCAAAUUGUCACGUGAUCGAUAUCUUCACUAGUGAAGACAUGGAAAAUAUCUCGCUGUGUAUUUUUCAGUAUCUCACUCUCUACUGUAUAAUAAAUACCGUUAUAAUGCUGUAUUUUUACUACGAUAGGAUCCAACAUGGAAAGAGCGGUUCCCUGGAAUUUCCAAUUGUAUUCUCAUUUCUGACGCCAAGUAUGAAUGGUUUGAAAAAUGGAAGAAUUUAAGAACGCACAAGCGAGGUGAUGAUUAUGAAGAGUACAAGGAAAAGUUUGCUCAAAAGUUGUUGGAGAUUUUGUACGAGAAGGUGAAUAUUUUUAUUUUUAUAACGUGUAAAAUACACUCCUCGAUCUGUAGCAGACCUGGUGAACCCUGACCAUGUUUGAACUUCACCAGAGCGCGCAUUUUGGCGCGAUAACUUACCAGAUCCUCAGUAAGAAUAACAUUUGCAUUCCUCACCAAGGGAAAAACCUCCAGGUUCCAGGAAGGCAGAAAAACUUGAGUCCCACCAGGCAGUGUUGUAGCAAGUCACCUACAGGUCGACUCAAGAGUCGAGUCGUUUCACUUUCUGAUCGGGUCGAGUCGAGUCAAUGGGUCUGCUCGAGUCGAGUCGAAUCAAUAGCUAAACUUGAGCUGAGUCAGGGAAUUUGAUCAAGUCCACCCUACAUUUUCUGUUAUGGUUCGAUAUCCUGGCUUGUAGUCUGUGAAAUUAGUAAUCAUGCAAAUUACUUUAGUAAUUUAAUAACAGUAUCCGUUUGAAGAGAGCUGCUAAGAUAUUUUUACCUUGUUAAAUUACACGCACAAAAAAGUCGUAUUCAGCACGGCCGCUCAUAUUCUACAUAUUACUAUAUAUUCAUAUAUUUUCUUGGUAAGUGUUGCACGACCCCUUUUCUCGGUUAUAUUCUGACCAAUACAGCAGGAUCGUCGGGGCCGUAGGGGUAAUAGCUCAACAGAAGAAUUAUCGAUAUCACUGACACCAACAACAAGGUUUCUUUUUAUCACAUAUAUAUUUAGAAUAUUGUGCGUCCUGUGCGUAGCUAUUGAUAGAUGCAAACGCUCUCACUACAGUCAACUCACUAAGACACUGUUUCCUGACAGUGUCAUAUACAUUGUCUCAUGUUAAUUAAAUUAUGCUAUUGUGCAUUGUUCAUCAAUGGUUCAUUGUAUGUUCUCAUGUGACUAUCACGUGCAAUACUCGUGCAUAUAAUUCUAGUAUUAUUUCCGUGUAUAACAUAAGGUACCUCAAGUCAAAGGAAAGGUGUUGUGGUAUGAAUGUGGGACUCCAAUCUCCGACUCCAACUUCCUGCAGUCUUACAAAGGCGGCUCAUAUGGUACGCGUUGUAAUUUGGAAUUCACUAAUCGCGAGAAUUCCAGAUGGAUUAUGAGACCUGAUACGGAAAUUACAAAUCUGUUCAUGGCUGGUCAAGAUGCGUGGACUCCAGCUGUAGCUGGUGCAAUGUAUGGUGGAUUAUUAGGAGCGACAAAGGUAUUUUUUAUUUCUUCUCACGAUGCACAUGCACGUCACCGUAGAAUAUUGUUAUUUCUGCAGACAUUUUCAUGGUAACUUAUAUACGAGUAUAUACACAUAAAAUGUCAAAGCAAAUUUCUCAACAACUUGUAAAUGUUUCCAGAAAUAUUUUUCCAAAAAUCUUGUCUUCAUUGAUAACAGUUCUAUUUUACAAAUUUAUGAAACAGAAACGCGCAGACCAAAACGUACAGCUGCAUGCAUGCAUGCAUGCAUGGGUAGAUUUUACCCUACAGUGCUUUGAACAACCAGCCCCAGAGGAAUAAACUUUGGCUUUGGUUGCAAUGAUAUAAUGUAAAUUUGCAUGCCAUAAUGCGGGCUGUUUUCAAGAUGACAAAAUUUACAUGAGUGCGCAUAUGGUCAGGAGAAUGUACAUAAAUUUGUAAGUAAAACCUCAUCACAUGCGACAAUAUUUGUCCCAAUUAGUUUUUUUUUAUUUACUAGUACGCUUUUCAUUUUAAUUACAAAUUGCUUAAAGACAACAGAAAAUUCUUAAAAAUACUUACUAGUAAUAGUACGCCUAACUACUCUCCUUUUAUCAAUUGCCCAGACUGCCGUAAUAUCCAUAAAUUUAAAGGCAUAUAGGCGGCGCAGGCUAUAGUUCUUUUACAGUAAUACAAAGAUUCUUUUACAGGUUCUUUUACAACCAAAACUGUAUUUUUCAUCGUUUUAGGUGAUUGGGUUUUUCCAAGGUCUAGGUCUACUUGUGUCAAUAAUGAAGCAACAAGCUCGAGAUAUUCAGGCAGAAACUGGCUGGUCGACUAUAAUCUGCUUCAAACGAGCCAUUGAAAUAUUCUUCGAUACCAAACCUCCACGAUUUAAUAAUAAUAAUAACAAGAAAAACUGGUAAAAGCGAACUUCUAAUAGAUACAUUAAUUGCAGACUGAGAUUGACGUUAACGAUAAAUCGCUUACAAGUUUAACAUUAGCCAUACUGUCCAGUAGAAUCCACAGAAAAAACCGAAAUUUUGGCAAUUAAGCCCCUACAUUAGUGUGGAUAGCGCUAUCUACCCGGAUAGUGAUUUUUUUCGACCGUGCAUGUAAAAAUUAAUAUAUGGAUGGUAGAUGGUCAUGGACCUCACAAUUAAUAAAAAGAAAGUUCAUUAAGUAAAAACCAAUCAACGGACAAUUUUAGACAAUUUGACGAAUAUACACUAUCCAGUGGCGGGGUCCCUGGUUCUUACAAAAUCUAGCUACUAGUUUUUUGAAGUAUAUAUAUUCAGAACUAGUUAAGAUCCAACUCUGUCUAAACGCCUCUUCUAUUUUUUUAUAUAAAAAUUCACUUCAGCCUGUCGCCAAAAAUAGUGGUUCUUUUAUGCGGUUUUUACGUAUACGUUUUGGCGUAUUAUGUGUGAUGUUGGAAUGAAAACUCUUUCAACAAACCUAGCUUUUAAGUUGCGUCUUCAUACUUUCAGGAGACUGGUUCGCCUAUUUGACGUUUGUCAUUUAUAGCCAUUUAUGUUUGAACGGCGCCGAGAGAUAAUAGUGCAUAUUUUCAUUACUUCUUGACCACAUGAAUGUAUCAAAAACGACAAGUAUAAGUGGGAGGAUUUCCACUUUCAGAGAAACAUUUCGCUUGGUUUCUUUUAAAUUGUGAGUUUGAGACCAUCUGAAUAAAUCAGUUCUACUUGACUGCUCACAAUUCUAAAGAAAUUGAGCCAAAAAUUUCGACAGCGAAAUUUUUCUUGCAAGUGGAAAUCCAGCUUAAGACUUAAACUUAGAAGUUAGAACCACGGUUAGGAGUUUGACGUAGUGGACUAAUAUAAUUAUAUAAUCCAAUCGUUGCAUGACUUCAGGAAACUGUUUUCAGUCUUAACUGAAAUAUUUUGAACUUACGUAGAUUAAUUAGACUAGUUCUGAAUUGCAAAAAUUGUGUCAAAAUUCAAAUUGGUUCAAUAAAUCAUAAAGCAUAACUGG